GCUCUUUUUCGAGAAGAGACGGAAGACGGACUGAUGAGUGCGUUCACGUUUGCGACGAUGGAGAAAAACAGCAAUCAGUCUUCGUCGAUGUUCCGAUUCGACAGCAAGAAAGGGAUUCUUCUUGAAGAAAACAUGGAGGGAUGGGGCAUAACCCGGUUGGCUUGCCAAAUCUUGAAAGACGGCAUUUUUGUGCUGCUUGGUUCAGGGGACAGCAUCGCACAUCCGUCGUAUUCGUCGCUGUCUGACGAGUUGGAAAUCCCGUUCGUUAAUUGGGCACUUUCCGAAGCUCCUGGAAGAUUUGAAGUCGCUUUGAGACCGCCGAUCACCGCCGCCGUUGGCGACGUUAUACGACAAAAGGGUUGGCGAAAUUUUACUUAUAUUUAUGACAGCAAUGACGGUUUAUACAACUUGAAGAACCUUCUGAACUACCUUAAAAGUCGGAAAUGGACGACGUUCGCCGAACUGUUAAAAUUUGACGUCGAGCAGCACGAUUACUUUACCUUUUUCCUCCGUUUCCACACGACUCAUCCCUAUAAAUAUAAUCACAGCUUGUCCAUGAAGGAGGUGGAACGGUUCAAAAAUGGUUUAAUCAAUAUCACUGGCUUCCAAGUGUUUAACGGUAGCUCGCCCCGUUUUCAACGGUUCAUCAGAGCAUGGAGUCGUCUCGACAGUCGAUUGUUUCAAGAAGCGGGUAGCAGCCAUAUUUCGGUGGAAGAAGCUUGCGCUUACGAUUCUGUGUUCGUCGUGGCCGAGGCCAUACACAGUAUGCUCAGGGUCAACGCGUCGUUGUUCCAGAAGAACUUCAAUCGCGACGAGAUGUGGAACUUCAACCACAAAGGCAUAUUUUGCUACCCUCAAGAGGACCGCGAUGACCCCAAUCGCCCAUUCAUCACUUUCGAACAUGGCAGACAUAUUUACACGAAUCUGAAAAGAGUUAGCAUGGACGGAAUUACAGGCCAUAUUAAAUUCGACGACAACGGUCGCCGCAAAAACCAUUCUUUCGAAAUAUUAGACUUGGAAUUUAGUGGUCAAAACGUUGCAUCCAGCACUAUGAAAAAAUACUUCUGGAAAGACGGCGUUGGUAUUUUACCGGAAACUCACGAAAUUAAUCAACGAAAUCGAUCGAAAGUCUCCCUGCUCAACCGGACACGCAUCAUUACAACGAUCAUCAAUGAACCGUUUUUUAUGCUCAAAAAGGAUGCGGCUCUGUACGAAGGCAACGACCGUUUCGAAGGCUAUUGCGUGGACCUGGCAAAGCUGAUUUCGGAAAAGAUCGAAAACUUUCCAUACAUUAUUCGACCUGUGAAAGACAAUCAGUACGGCGUGGCCGACCAAGACGGACGAUGGAGUGGCAUGAUCGGCGAGCUGAUUCGUGGGGAGGCAGAUGCAGCCAUAGCUUCUCUGACGAUCAAUACGUUAAGAGAACGGGUCGUAGACUUCAGCAAGCCGUUUCUCAUCACAGGUGUCAGCAUCAUGAUCAAGAAGCCGAACAAGCAAGAGUUCUCGGUGUUUUCGUUCAUGCAGCCGCUCAGCACCGAAGUCUGGAUGUAUAUAAUCAUCGCUUACAUCGGCGUGUCGGUGAUCAUUUACUUCGUGUCUCGCAUAAGCCCAAAGGAGUGGCGCCUGAACGAGAAUUCAGACGACACACUGACCACGCUGAAUGCGUUCUCGAUUCAGAAUUGCAUGUGGGUAACUUUGGCCGCCUUCAUGCAGCAGGGCACGGACAUAAUGCCGAGAUCUGCUGCGUGCCGUGUUGCCAUCAGCGUGUGGUGGUUCUUCACGAUGAUCAUCGUUUCGUCGUACACCGCGAAUCUGGCGGCAUUCCUGACCUUAGAGAAAAUGCAUGCCCCCAUCGAAACUGCCGAAGAUCUGGCCAGACAGACCAAAAUCAAAUAUGGCAUUCAAUCGAUGGGUUCAACGGCUCAGUUUUUCCAAGAGUCGACGGUGGACGUACACCGACGAAUGUGGCAGUACAUGAUAACACAGGUGCCGAGUGUUUUGGUGAACACGUACGCCGAAGGAAUACAGCGAGUGCGAGACUCGAAGGGUCAGUACGCGUUCCUCUUGGAGGCAACGGCGAACGAGUACGCCAAUACAAGGAAGCCAUGCGAUACGAUGAAAGUCGGACCGCAUCUAAAUUCAUUGGGCUACGGGAUAGCGACUCCGUUUGGCUCUGAUCUGAGAGAAAGAAUAAACCUAGCAGUUUUGGAACUGCAAGAAAUCGGUGAACUGAAACGGUUGGAAAUGAAAUGGUGGUAUGAAAAAGGCCAAUGCGAGCAGGGCAUCAGUGACAACCAGAGCGCAUCUCUCAACCUGAGUAAAGUCGCCGGAAUAUUCUACAGCUUGGUCGUGGGAAUAGUCGUUGCCAAGCUAGCAGCCAUGAUUCAAUACCUGUACCACUUGAGACAGGAAAGGAAGGCAUCAAGGGUAUGUAAGGGCGACGAUCGGUCUUCUUUCGACCCUUGA